AUGCCUCGACAUAGUAAAAAUAAUACUGCACUUUCCUUCUUUACCUAUGCAGAGGGUAAAGCAUUAGAUUAUGGAACAAAAAAGCAACGACUAGGACGAGAUUCUAUGAGAGAAUAUGAUUCCUGUUACUUAUGUCUUCAAAGAGCUAGGGAUCCAGUUUGUUGUACACAAGCUAAAGAAGCCGUAAUUCAAGAAUUCGAAAGACAACAAGUUAGAAUCACUCCUAUUACAACGAGUAAUAAUGGAACUGGAGAAGUCAAAUCAAAAAUUAAUGGAUCUUUAUUAAGUGAAAGUAAUGCACCAGGAAAAAAAACUGAUGUUGAAAAAUAUCCUGCAAGUGCUAGAAUCGAAGAUAAUCCUGUUAAAGCUAUUGAAUGGAUCGAAUCAUUUCAUAAAGGUGGUAAAAAGAGAAAGUUUCAAAUCGAUGAAGAAGAACUUGCAGCUAUAGCAAAAAGGGAACAAGAGGACGCAUUAAAAAAGUUGGAAGAAGAAAGACCUUCACUUACACCAUCUGCAGAGCCAGAUAAGGUAAAACAGGUAAAACAGCAAACGAUGUGUACUGCCGCAAAUCCGGAACAUUCAAUUAAUAUGAAAAGUUUGAUUCCUACAAAAUUUACAGAGGAUAAAGAUCCUACUUCUAAAACGAUAAAUUUAAUUUGUCCUUCAUGUCGUAAAACUUUAACAAAUUCUUUAAAAAUAUGUUUAAUGAAAACAUGUGGGCAUGUUAUUUGUAAAAUCUGUGUUGAUAGACUUGUUAGAAAAACUAAACAAUGUUUCGUAUGUGAUGCUAAAUGUAGAGACAAGGAUAUUGCUGAUAUGUCAGGAGAAGGUACUGGUUUUGCAAGCGGUGGUGGUAAAGUAGUAGCAGAGAAAUUUGAUGUCGCAUUUCAAUAA